AUGAGGAGAACAACCUCCGUUGAUGCAUCCCCAGAGGUGGACAUUGACUUUAUACCUGCAGAGGCACCUUUUCCUACUCUGGUCUCCGUGCGUUCAGGUACUUCCACUUCCUCCCAUACUCCUGGUACUUCUACUGCUCCCCAGCUGAGCAAGAUCACUCAGGCCAUGCUUCUGAAGAUGGGACACUUAGCCUAUUCUACUGAUGUGAGGGCUACUCGAUUGGAGGAUGCGGUACCAUGGAUGAUCGAGAGUGCUAUCCUAGUUGCACUGACUCCCCUACGAGCAUACAUUGACACUCUCACAGCAAGAGUUGAGGCUUGUGAGAGUAGACUGGGGGAGACUUCGGAGGUGACAACUUUGAAAGCCGAGGUUGCAGAUUUGAGAAAAGAUGUGGACUACUUGAAGUCCAUAAACUUCACUUCAAUAUUAGAGGCAACGAAUAAUGUGGAUGCCCCAACGACGUUUGAGAUUCCUCUGGCUACCAUCGGAGACAUACAUCAAGAUGAUAUGGCAAUUGAUGAGUCAGAGGCAGAGAACCGAUGA